AUGUCCUCAUCUGAGAGUGGACUGUCAGAUACUGUAGACCCCGUGGCCAUUGUUUCGGACGAUGAGAUUGUCCCAGACCAUGAGAUUUUUACCUCUGACACUGAGAGUGACGAUGACGAUGAUUUCCAGCCCUUUGCAUUACCUGAUUUUUGCGACGAUAUACCGCAUGCUGAUAGUUUACCCGACGAGGAUCCUUUUCUUGUUCCUAUUCCUGACCAGGACCAUCUCAUCCUCGGACAUCCCGACGAUGAGUAUGUCGUGGUUCCGAUCCUCGCCCCUUUUCCUAUUGCGGCUUUUCCUCUCGAGGAUUUGCCUUUUGAUGCUUUGUCUGAUGAUGAUGACGAUCUUUUCAUUGAUGGUCCCCCUGAUGCUGCUCAGGGAGAUGGAGUUCCAGCUGAUGAUGUCAUUGUUAUUCCACUUGCUGAGAUUCCUAUCGUUGAGAUUUCAUUUGAUCAUUCUGGUCCUGAUUUUUUCGAGUCUGUAUCAUCCACUACUUUGCAUGCACUGGGAUUGCAGCGUUACCCCACUGAUUCUGAUUCUGACACGGCUAUGUUUGCCGCACCUAUUCCUCCACAGGACUUUGAGUUUGAUGAUGAAUUUGGACAUGAGCUUGACUUUGUUCUCGACGAUCAGCCUUUUGAUGCACCCGCUGAUCUCGAGCCGAUACCCGCUGACCCUGAGUCUAUACCAGCACCCGAGCCUUUACCUGUUCCUGAUCCCCUGCCUAACCAUGACCCUGUACCUGUUGACAUACCUAUUGAUGCACCACUUGUACCUGACCCGAUCCCUGCACCCGCUGACCAUGUUGUUUUUGCUGAUCAGAUAGAUCCCCAUUACGCAUUCACCCGCAAUGGGUGGAUAGAGGAUGAUGGCGAUAUGCCUCCUUUUGUUGAGCCUGUUACUCCCCCACCUGCACCUGCACCUACAUAUGCACCUGUUGACGUUGCCCCGUUUCACCCACAUGUGUCUGAUAUACACCGAACUGACCUGCCGAUCACAUUCUUGCAGGAAAUCCCUCCACCCCGUCUAGGGGAAGGUCCAUCCAGCCAACAACCUGGCCAUGUUCCUCCUAUGUCAGCAGCAUUCCCUUUCAUGCCUCAGUUUACACCUGCUGCUCAUUUUACUUCCGCACCACCAGGCGAGCCACUCAUAUGGUUUCCGCCCAACACUAUGCCAGUUUCUGAUCCAUACCAUCCCUCCCACUUCAUUGACUACACGAGGGAUGAACUACUCCUGUCCUUGUAG